GAGAGAGAGGGGGAGUGAUUAAACGGAGAGCAGAAAAACGAAUGCGGUAGCAAUACAACUCUCAAAUGGCUUUCCUUUUAACCAAUAAGAACCACGAAAAAUUCCUUGUCAGCCAAUCACAACGUUCCUAAGUCAACAGCAACUGAAGUUGAUGUCAGGCCUGUUUUGUUCACUGAAACCAAAGAAACAGUUUAAACAAAACUACAAUAGCUUUGCGGUUAAACCAAUUAUUCCACAAGCUGAUUUAAAGAAAAAGGCAGGACAAAAAAGGAGUCUUUUCUAAAUCCGUUUCACUGAUCAACGGGUUGGAGCUGCCCUGAGGAUAACAUUGAUCACAUGAUUCUAUAGAAAUCCACGCAGCACCUGUCUUCGUCACACGCCAACCUACGUAAUCAUAACAAGGAACUGUGUUCGGGUUUGAUCCAGAGCUUUAAGGAUUGGAUUCUGCUCAAAACAAGUGGACACAAAUUAAUAUAUAUAUAAMGAUUGCCAAGUCGGAAAAGUGGGUUCCUGACAGCACAGCACAAGAGCUGGAGUGUUUUUCUAUUGAACACCACGUGAACUUGGUCCUGACGAAAAGAUCUUUUCACUCCACACCACUUGACAAUUUCCUGUCUAACGCUCUUGCUGAUAACAUAAUGUCAUUCUUGAAAGACGAAACAAAUAUAAUGCCUUCUAGAUAGAGCUAACAGAUAGGCGAAUACGGCUAGAGAAACUGUUUCACAUCUGCUCCUAUCUCAAAACCACAAAGGAUUAUUUUAAUACAGACAAACCACACAACCUCCGUCUGAAACACCUCUGGUAAGCGGUCCAUCCUUUGGUGCCUCUCUUCGGAGCUCAUCCAUCAUAGAACACAUCUUUUUUUUUCAAAAAUCGACAACCUGGACUGCGAGUCUGACGAAUCUUAAUCGAUCGUUAUCCUAGGAAGCUAUUCCAGAAACUUUAUCUCGAACAACAUAUACUUCGUGAUAAGGAAAAUUCAUGCAGUUUGAGAUUGAACGAACUAGUCCAUAAAUGAUGGCCAACGACAGUCUUAGUUCUGACCCUUUUACACAAGAAGAUAAAGUCAAGCAAGGCUUUUACACGGUGGUCUUUGUGCUGGGGACUGUCGGUAACGUACUGGUGUUGAUUGUAGUGGCGGGUAGACGGGAAAGGCGUACGGUUAAUGACAUAUUCAUCGUGAAUUUAGCCAUUGCAGAUCUGACAUACUUGUUUUUCUGUCUACCUACGCAAUUUUUCUUAACGGUUGGAGAUGUCCCAUCGGACUUUUAUUGCCGAUUCGUAUGGCCUAUGAUGACUGUGUCUAUAUGUCUCAGUAUUUUCACUCUGACUUCCAUGGCCAUACACAGACGUCAAGUCAUACUCAAUCCAUUCAAGCCAGAAAUUAAGCAUCGAUAUGUGGUCCUUUGGAUCUUAAUUAUUUGGGUGCUUGGAUUUGUCGUUGUUGUACCACUCAUGAUUGUCACCAAAUCAAAAUCAGUGGAACCAUAUGGUUGCGCGGAAAACUGGCCGUCUAACAAUUACAGGAAAGCCUACACUGCUGGUCUGUUUGUGUCUCAAUACGCUCUACCUUUAACAAUCAUAGCCGUGGAAUACGUUCGUAUUGCUAUCGACCUCUUCAGACCGCGUGGCCGAAAAACCCAAGGGGAUACUCGAAGAGCUAUCGAUCCCGCGAGAAGAAAAGAAAAUAUGCAAGUGAUUAAGACUUUAGCAACAAUUGUUACUUUAUUUGCGUUAACCAUGUUACCUGCCCAGUUGGCUUGGAUGUUGAUUGACUUUGGAGGACCAAAUGAAAUCAAAGUUGGCAACGCCUUCUUAAGGAUAUGCGAGUGGCUUCUCUAUACACAUGCAUGUUUAAACCCUAUAGUAUACGGUAGCCUUACCAAACAUUACAGACGGGGGUACAUUAGAUAUAUUACUUUAAUAGUAUGUUGUAGGUGUAGAGCGUUAUUUCAGAAUCACGCUAUUGAGGAGACCGCUACAUACGAAACAGACUCAUCAUCUAAUGCUAGCCCCAAGGAAAGACGUUGGAAGCUUUUUGGGUGCAUCAAUCAUCAUCACGUGAUGUAUCAAAAGACCAAUCAUGAGACUGUUAAGGAGACAAGUCUAAAUAACGGAACCAAUUGUAAUUGUAAUGAAACAUCAAAUGAACUGAAAAAUAACUCUAAUGAUCCGAUGAUGAUAAGUGAAGCUGUUGUGUAGCUAAACUAAACAACUCAAGCGCAUAAGUUUCGUCUCAAUAAGUCACAUUCGAUAUGUUCUAACAUGAUAGGCAACAUUCCAGUUUUGAUUUAAACACUAUCGAAUGCCGGUCAAAUGAUCAUUAAAUGUGAGAAGAAUUGCUUGUUUCUUCUCUCCUGUGCUUCGAGGGUUUUCCUCUCACUUGCCCUUCUCAGGUUUUUUCUUCCUCCGCAAAACUCAACUUAGAAUUCUAAAUUCCUAUUUGAUCAGGUCCGAUGAGUGCCACAGGCUUUUUAGUCUCGUUUGUAAAACGUGACGGUUUAUCUAUGCAUGCUAUACAUUUGUUAAACGGACCGGCUAAGGACAUCCAAUCAGGUUAGAACAAUUCAAAUCUGGCCGCCUGUAAUCACAUCUGAUCCGAUCGCCAACCUCUCUUGCAUAUAUAACGGAUCUUUUUACGUUUAUUUACACUAAAAGCAGAAUAAAAAAGUCUCUAGCUUGGAAUUCCCUACCGUCCGUAGGAUUUCUCUUCGGCUAUGAAUAUUCACAUAUGAAAUAUUCCGUCGAAGGAAGCUUUCAUUAGAAUCAAGUCGCUAUCAGAAAUAAGUUCGUUCAAAGAUUAAACUAUACUACAAUAACAUUCAUGGUUUGAACAAUAAAAAGAUAAGGUCUGUGUUAAAUGAUAAGCUCCUAAACAUUUAGACGAUAACUCUUUGAAGACAACAAAUACCGCAAAUUUUUCAUUAAGAAAAUUUCCUGAAGGUAAGAUAAGCUGGAAAGAUGAAAAGAGUGGUAUGGAAUCAAAUAUAUACACAAAUAUUACAGGUAGAUGAUUGAAUAAAUUGAAAGACACUGUAAAAAUAUAAAUGCUUAUUACAAAAUUAGACAUUAAAAAUGAUUAAGUG